AUAUGAUCGAUCAAUCGGCUUAUAAUCUGAAUGAUCAAUUCAAUUCUCGUGCACGAAAACAUCUUACAAGCAAAUACCUGAAAGCUUUCAGCAGCACUUUCAAGAUGCACCCGAAUUUAGCCAGCACGUUUGGAGUUUUUUGCAUCUUCUUACACAUGUUCCUGCAUUCAGUCAACGGUAGAAUCCUGCGCAGAUCUUGUGGAGACUACGCAAACUUCUCAUAUGUAGAGCAGGAUAAAGUUUUGCAGGGAGAGAAAAUAACAACAGUAAUUGUUCCAUCCGAAGAAGAAUGCGAACUUGCCUGUGUUGAUGAGCUGCAAUGCAAGUCAAUAAACAUAGAAAAGAGUAAGAAAGCCAGAAGGUGCGAGCUCAACAAACGCUCUACUGCAGAUGCUUCAGACGGGGUAGCGCUAACGCCAAAGCAAGGUUGGGUGUACAAGUCAACGAGCUUUACUGAAAAUCUGAUUGGGCACAUGUGCAGGAAACUCAAUCCAUGCGAACCGGAGCAUUUGUGUCUCGAUGUUUGCUAUUCCCCUGGAUACAAGUGCACCCAUUGCAAGGAGCUUCCACUUGGCAUGCCGUGUGUUAGAUCAAUCAGUAACAUUGCAUAUGGGAAAAGUACUUCACAGUCAUCGACGUACGCUCCGUAUUCAAGUGCCAAUGCGGUUGAUGGAGGCAGAACUGGCGUUUGGAAUUCAGGUAGUUUUAGCAGAUGCAUGCACACAGGACAGCAAAGACCUUGGUGGUCUGUAGACUUUGCUGGAAAUGCAGUUGUGUAUUCAGUUACAAUAUACUCAAGGACAGAUUGCUGUUUUGAACGAGUCAGUGGUCUGCAUGUAAAGCUUGGCAACAAAAAUGCACCCAAUGCAAAUACAAUAAUUUGGACUACACCCACCUUUACAUCGACUCAAACAAACCAUAUGAAAGAAUUCGGCCAACCGAAAAAAGGAAAGUAUCUUUAUGUGGAGUCGCAGGUAGACAACUAUUUGGAUUUUUGUGAGGUUGAAGUAAUGGGAUACCUUGAAUAAACUGUUUACCUAAACCUAGGAAGUGAUGGGAUACCUAGGUAGACAACCAUUUGGAUUUUUGUGAGGUUGAAGUAAUGGGGUAUCUUAAAUAACAGAUGAAAAAACCUUUUAUAAGGUUACCAAAAGAAAAAGAAACUUGUAUGAAACAAUCAUGAAUACAGCUAUAAUAUCAGCACUCAAGCUUUUGUAUAAAUUUUGUUAUUAAGAGCACUGUGGACAAUUUUGAGUUAGUUUCUUUGUGCUGCACGAAUUUAUUUGCAUAAAAACCAAUCGAAAGGUAAUUAAAAAGUUAAACGAACCUCCAUGUAUGUGACGUCUGAUUGCAAUUCAUCAGUAGCGAACGGAGGAGCAGUACAAGACAUUGUGUCGUAGUGUUUGUGAACCAGUCUUGAGAGAGUACAAUAAAUCAAUGACAAUGCUUGAAAAUGGCUUUAAAAAAGCUAACAUUUGAGUAAACUAAACCUUUUCGUCUGAUAUUUUUCAGAGUUGAAAACGUCAGAAAAUAGAUCGAAAACUCUACGCUAGGAAACAUAUAAACCAAGUUGUGGAACGAAAUAGGCCAAUCAGAAACACAAGCACAUGACUGUUGAGGUUGCCCAAUCAGUGCCGCUUGCCUAUAGGGAUUGUUACCAAUGGAGUCCUUAAGUGGAAAAGUGGAAAUGAACUCCUUUUGUCUACCCAAUAGCUGCAGACAAAACAACCCUCUAUCCUGGAGUCAUAGAGCAUGCGCUCAUUUCUUUUAAACUAGAUGUAAAAUCACUAUACACAAGAAUUUCUCAAGAUGAGGAUAUCAAAGCUUCCCUCGAUACCAUCAAAAAUCAUUAUGGGGAGACUACCCCACUGCAUGUAAAAUAAAACAAACGGCAAUAUUCAUACCCAAACAAAAUUAUAUUGCUCUCUCAUUUUGAUAAGAACAAUUUUAUAAGAACCCGAGCCAUUAAAUUGGUCAAAAGGGAUCUUAACAUGCCUAUGCCUUGCCUAAAUUUAGAAAACACUGAUCGAAAAUGGCUAGCGAAUGACAGUUUGGGAUCUAGUAUGGCGCCGAGUUGUUAUUGCUCUUGAACUCUCAUCACUGGAGCUCCAUUAAACAAAUGGAAGGAUGAUCCAUUGGAAUUCUCCGUGUUUAAAAGAUAAUUUCUACUUUCUACUGCUGGCUGGGUCAGGAUUAAAGGACAUUUGCCAGCUGAGCGCCCAUAGUUCAAUAAGAUGUAUUUGCAAAUCAACAACAGCUGUAGUUGGAUGAUUCAUUACACUUCAAGCCAUCAGUCAAGUCAUUGAUUUAGAUAAGAAAAUAAAAGGACUCGAGAUAGAACCUUGAGGAACACCGGCUGAAAAAUUACUUCAUUGAGAUGCUUUGCCAUUCAAAACAGUACGCUGUUUUUUAUUGUGAUGUCAACUUUCCUCAAAUUCUUUUUCCUAUUUUCUUCAAACACUUUUCCUUAGCCUCCUCAAUAAAAUUGGAUCCCUGAGAUAUCACAUUGGCAAUGACCUCUCGCUUGCAUUCUGGCUGUUCAUUUCUGAUGAAAGUCUUAUAAACCCUGUUCUUUUCAUGAUGAAAUUUCUAAUUGACUGCGUUAUCCAAGGUGCCUGGCGAGAUCUGAAUGUGAUUAUUUUGUUUGUUAUAAAAUUGGAAAGGAUAUUCAGUAAAAUUUCAUUCAGGUUUUUAACUUGAAGAUCUAGGGAUUUGACUUCAGAGAAAUUGUUUUAACACGUGCAGUGAUCUUUGAUUGCAGUGAUCUUUGUUCUAUCAUAGUACCAAAUUCUGCGUUUAUAUCGAGGUGGAAAUAUAUUUUUUACACCUAGUUUACCAAAAAUUAUCUGACUGGUUUUUUAAAGACGGGUGAAGACCUGACAUUAGAUGCGGCUUAAGCAUUAUGCAGAACGAUGGUUUUACCAGUUUAUAGCAAAAAGUUUUUUUGGCAAGUUUUAAAUCGCAUCAUAAUUACUUUGCAUUUAUUUAUGCUAAACCUUAAAUAGAUAUAACGCCUCCAAAAGAAUAGUUUUCUUUUAACUGAAUUUAUAUAAACUGUUACUCAAGCAGCAUCUUUCUCAAAAGAGGCGUGGCAGCAUACAAAUCGAUGAUGUCACCAUAGUCUAUCGACUGUAAAAUAUCACUUUCGACGUUGAUUGUUAUCAGAGAGGAAAGGCGGUCUUGUCCCAUCGUUUGCGUCUUCUAUAACACCAGCGAAUUCAUUUCGAAAUGAACUGAGUUGAAUUUUAACUGUCGGAAAUGGGAGUUUAUAAAAUAACUGAGACCAGAGCGUUAAUUUCCUUUACAAAUUUCAGCAAUGCGAUGAUUCCGAUAAAUACUCUAAUGAAAAUAAGUAAGAAGGGUUGAGCAUGCCCUUUUUUACGACAGGUUUAAAAAAAUAUGCGACCUUUUGGACAGGAUCGAUGAAAACCUUACAUUUUGUCUAAUAUUUCAAAUUUUCCGACAAACGUUGGAUUUUCCGACAAUCCGACAAAUUUUUUGCCAGGGGGGCGGCUGCCCCCCUGCCCCCAAGCCACUGCGCCCCUGGCUCUUGGAAACAAUCAUAUUGAUGGAACGGGAAACAGUCAGAAUUCAGUGAAGGAAAGAAAAGCUUGAAAAUGUAUGCAAUUUAAAACUUGAAUUAUCUGUUUGAUAAAAUAGAAAUACGUCAAUGGCUCGAAAACUCUUUAGAGUUAUUUUCAUAUGUCCAUCAGCAUAUUUGGAUUACCAUUGAUAUACUUUCAGCAACAUUUAUGAUUUUUUUUAAAUAUAGCAUCUUCAUAUCAAUAAAAAUUUGCAAUUAUUUGCUCAAAAUAUGUAUCUAUGGAAUGAAAUGAAAAAGGAAUGAAAAUGAAAUGAGACAAUAGGGGGAACGAAUGGUUUGGCAGUGAGGCAUCGCACUGUCAGGCAAAAAACGACAAUGGAACGAUAAGGAACAUGUUACCGAAGCAGCCUCCUCUUCUAAUAAAAAUAGAAGGCAACUCUGAUGUAAUGAACCAAGACGAAGAUGUUUAUUGCUGAAGAUCAAGAAGAUGAUGUGAUGGAAGCUGUUGAUCAAGUUUAACUGCUCAACAAAACCAAGUUGGUGAAUACAGUUAACGCCAGAGCAGUGGUGUCGUGGAGAGGGUUCAGGUUGGCUUAGGCUUAUUUGUUAAAAUUCAGAGAGACUUUGGGGGCGUGGCAGUGAAAUUCAAUUUACAGUACCGUGAUGUACGGAUUCUCGUUUAUUUUACACGUGAUUGCGUGAUGCAGAAUGGAUGUCUGGUACCACCAUCAGGGGCGGAUCCAGUGGGGUGCGAAGGGGGCUCGAGCACCCCUCAGAUUUGAGAAAAAACUUUUUGGGGAUUAAAGCUUAUUCUACCGCAAUUUUGUUUAUUAUUAUUUAAACCAUUUAAAUAAUACCGGGAAGUAUGCACAUCUCCUGAAAUUGUUAUUUCCGCUUCAAUGCCCCGUCUCACAACUGUUCAACAUUGUUAUUUCAGUCCAUGCAUUGAACUGUUAUGAAACUCCCCCUGGUUGUCCUGUAUAGCAUUCUACAGACUCGGAAAGCAUUGUCUCUUCUUAUAUCCAGCCACUUAAGGAACCCGUGGCCUGUAAAUUAUACGAGUUUCUGCACCCGUGGAAGUGAAUCUAGCCAAUCACGGUGCCAGGUCGAGGGGUUCUAAACUUUGGCGCGAGAACCCAUGGAUUUCAAAAAUCCAAAACAUCAAAGAAUACCGACAAACCAGGGGGAGUUUCUUCGCUUCAAUCUACAGUCAAAUGUAUAAGUGGUUUUAUGACCAGGGGGAGUUGAGCUUGAACAGGGGGAGUUGAGGUUGACCAGGGGGAGUUGAAUUAUGAUACAGCACGCGACGAAUGCUUAGGCGCAAAUUUGCAAUAUGUUUUCGUGGAUCUUUUGACGAUCUUUACCUGAUGCUCGAUGCUGGAACGGCAGAACUUGUAAACGCUGUGGUUUAUAUAACAGAACGGUUUCAAGUUUCAACUCCGUGUUUCACGUCUUAUUCAUAGACCAUGAGGUAUGAUUUAUAUUCAGAGGAUAAAGCUUGCCCGAGCCCCGAGCCCUUGUUAUUCUUUUUUUAAUAAUUCAAGAACUACAUAAAAAACAUCUCAAAAACUUGCCCUUACUAUUAUUGACCAAAAGGGGUUCCCUUUUUAUACCUACUUAUAUUCCUGCGAAUACUUUUUUCUCUAAGAAUUUCAAAUACAU